AUGAGCCUCUACGAUGACUUGGAAGACCCUUGGAGAUCUGAACAACCCACGAGUACUUCACAUUCGGCCAACGAAUGGACGGGCUUAAACGUGGAUCCUCUCGCUGGUUCGGAUGUUCUGCCUAGCGGCUCACUAAUCUCAGGCAUCAAUACUAUGACAUUGGAUAGUGGCCUGGGCAACUCUGGCAGUCUUCCAGUAGGUUCCUCUACUUUACUCUCUGCUCACCCAGAAAAUUCAAUGGAGGGUGCUUGGUCUGACAGCCUUGAUGAGGCCAACCACCGAGUUUCGAAUGACCUUAACCGUGGAGAAAUGGUGGCUGGAGUCCCUUUUCAGAGCGAAAAUCCUCACUCAACCGAAGAGAGCGGGAAAGAGGAUUACGAAGUUUGGUCUGACGGUAUUCGCAAAGCCUACAAUCCGCUGGCACCUGAUAUUAUUACAGUCGAAGAGAUUCCGGAGAGAGAAGGGCUCCUCUUCAAGCACACAAACUAUCUCGUGAAGCACCUGGUAGAGCUACCUGACACAGAACCUUCUAGUGACCGGAGCGUCAUUAGAAGGUACUCGGACUUCGUUUGGUUACAGGAGGUUCUACUCAAAAAGUAUCCUUUUAGAAUGAUCCCUGACCUUCCUCCCAAGAGAAUAGGCUCUCACAGCUCGGACCCAAUUUUCUUAAUUAAAAGGCGAAACGGGCUAUCGAGGUUUAUCAACAUCGUUGUAAAGCACCCUGUUUUCAAGAAAGAUGAUCUUGUUCUGACAUUCCUAACAGUCCCUACUGAUCUACUUGGAUGGAGGAAACAAGCCAGCUAUGAUACUUCCGACGAAUUUACAGACAGAAAAAUCGAGGCUUCUUUCAUCAAGAUGUGGCGCAAAGACAUGGCCGAAAGGUGGAAUCAGGCAGAUGCCUCUAUAGAUGGGGCUUUGGAGCUGUGGGCUAAAAUCACAGUUUUAGUUGACCGAUGCGAGAAAAGAUUAAGAUUCAUUGCUCAAGAUAGGUCGAUGCUUGCAUCCAUGCUGGAUAGCUUCUCUGAUAGUGCGCCUCAAAUUUUCGCGAGCGACGACGGCACGCUUCUUGAUAUCAAAAAUCACCUUGGCAUUGUGUCUAAACAUCUUACAACGUGUAACAACUUGGUCAAGGAAGAGAACAUGCAAGCAUCUUCAGAACUUUCACCCCGAUUCCGAACAUUUACGGACGUUCUUUUAUCAUUGAAGGGUCUAUUUGAGAGAUAUAAAAUUAUGGCUGGUAACAAUGUUCCCCAGCUUCAAAGGCGUAUCGAAGUCAAUACAGACCGUUUAGAGCAAAUGAAAGACAAACCUGAUUUGAAGGGCGCUGAAUAUGAUAGGGUGAAGCAGAGCAUCCAAAGAGACCGCAAGAGUAUUGCUGAGCAGAUGAAUAGGAGCUGGCUUGUAAGAAAGUGUAUUUUAGAGGAGUAUGUUUACUUCCAGGAGACUCAGUUUUUGGUCUCCGAUGUCUUUCAACGAUGGGUUAAGCUUAACAUGACAUUCAAUGAGCUGAACACAAAUGAAUGGGAGAAACUGUUGGAUCACGUUCAGGCUAUGCCGAGCACAAGGUAA